AUGUCUUUAUUUUACUUUGAUAUUGAUGAUUCAUAAAAUCCAUUUACUCUGAAUAAUUUAUUAACAAAUAAUAAUUUCGAGGAAUAACAAUCAAAAACUGAGAAAGAGAAUUAAUUAUUUAUCUAAGAUGAGAAAAAAUCAUUAAAAGUUCCUUCCAAAAACAACCAAGAAGCAAAGAAUGUCCCUAAAAAUAUGGGAAUUUUAAUCAAGAAUUACUUAAGUAAUAUUUAAUUAUAUUUUAGCUAAUAAUCACAAAAAUGUUAUUAGAUAGAAUUUAACCAUUUAAAAAUUUAUUAGAAAGGUUAACAAUAAAAAGAAUUAUACUCGAAAAGAUUUAAAAGUUCUUUUCUCAAAUGAUGAUGCUAGAAAUAUAUGCAAAUAAUACUUUUCUAGCUUUUAAAUUAUCCAAGAUAUACUUAAAUCUUCUAAAAUUGGAGAUUCUGAAGUUAUCUUGAAAUAUAUCAAAAAACUAUUUAUUGGAACUCAUGAUCCCUCAUCACUAUCCUGUUUAAAGUACACAAAUAAGGAGCUUUGA